AUGUCAAUCACAGCCGGUCAGGUCAUUAAGUGCAAAGCCGCGGUGGCAUGGGAGGCUGGAAAACCAUUAGUGAUUGAAGAAGUGGAGGUGGCACCACCUCAGGAAAAUGAAGUCCGCUUACAGAUUCUCUUCACUGCACUUUGCCACUCUGAUGUUUACUUUUGGGAAGCCAAGGGGCAGAAGCCGCUGUUUCCUCGCAUAUUUGGUCAUGAAGCUGGAGGGUAUGCAGCUGCCGACAGUCUUGACAUACUUCAACCUGCUACUUUAUCUCCUUUAAUGAUCUCAGAGAUGGUGGAGGAGCUUGGCUUAUUAAGGAGUUCCUUCACAAAGGCUAAUAUCACAGAUAAACAGAUAGCUUUUCUAACCAAGACAUGGUACACUAAUGUUCUGGCACGUAUUCGUAUUAAUGCAUUUCGUGUUGAAUUGGCUAGGGAAUCGUAUCAAGAUCUUCUUGCAUUGGCAGCUGCCUCUGUAGAUGCUGAAGCUGGUGUUGGAAAUGCAGUUUAUAUGCUUCCAUCGUUCUAUAAUCAUGACUGUGAUCCCAAUGCACACAUAUUAUGUAUACAGAAUGCAGAGGCCAGAUUGAAGGCACUUCAUGAUGUUGAGGAAGGAGAAGAGCUCCGGAUCUGCUAUAUUGAUGCAAGUAUGGGUCAUGAUGCUCGGCAAACUCUCCUGUCAAAGGGGUUUGGUUUUCAAUGCAAUUGCCUUAGGUGUUUGUCCCGUGAUUAAGGGAAUCAUAUGUUUUCUUGUUGAAUAUGAUGUGACAUUAUCAGUGUGUAUUUUUUUUAUUGUUCAAUUAGAAGGGUGAAUUCCACUUUUGAUUUCUAUCAUUUAAUUAGCAUUAACCCAUAGAUAAUUUAGUAUAUUAUGGCCACCUCAA